UUAUUAAUUAUGUCGUAAAUGGAGGUGUUGCACAAAAAAUAUAAAGUUUACGUAUAGCUACUAUUGUAUAUCUUUAUAGUUCUAGUCUUUUUCGGGUCUAAAGUGACUUUAGUUUAAUAUUUUGAUAGCUACCACCGGGUACUUGCCAUAAAAAUUCCUUUAUAUUAUGCCUGUAGUCGCAUUUAAAACUUAGGCAUUCUUUUCAGUAUCGAGGUAAUCGAAAUGUGAAGUGCAUUAAGUUAUAUGAAGAUUUUCUAGUUAGGAAAAUUAGCAAACAAAAGCUGCAAUGAAUGUGGAGGCAGUGAAUGGUGACAUGGCUGGGGAGGUUGGUCUCAUAGCAGACGAGUUGAGUCGAGCAGUAGAACUAACGCUGAACGCAGCCGUGUCACAUGAUGCCAGAAACCAAGCUUACAAUGCUUGCGAGAGUUUCAAAGAGAACUCACCAUGGUGUGCUCAAGCAGGGCUUCUCCUGGCUAGUGGUAGUCAAUAUUCAGCUGUUGUUAAACAUUUUGGGCUGCAGUUGAUGGAGCACACUGUCAAAUAUAGAUGGACACAGAUAACACAAGCUGAAAAAAUAUUUAUUAAGGAAAAUGCCAUGAAGCUAUUAUACAUGGGUGGAUGGGAGACAGGUCAUCUUAAUGAUGCCCUAGCUCGGGUUAUAGUUGAAAUGAUUAAGCGUGAAUGGCCGCAGCAGUGGCCUACACUGCUCGCAGAACUUAGUGAUGCAUGCUCUCAUGGACAUUUACACACACAAAUAGUCCUACAUGUGUUUCUACGGCUUGUUGAAGAUGUUGCCACUCUACAGACCUUGGAACAACAUCAGCGUCGCAAAGAUAUUUACCAAGCACUGACAAGCAACAUGGCUGAGAUAUUUGCAUUCUUUAUGCGGCUCAUAGAGCUUCAUGUUCAGGAGUUCAGAGAGAAAACCACAGCUGGUGAUUAUGCCGCUGCUGCAAGCAAUGGGCGUGUUGUACAGGUGGUAUUACUGACACUGACAGGUUUCGUUGAAUGGGUGUCUACAAACCAUGUUGUGAUGAAUGACGGUCGACUGCUGCAAAUACUCUGCAUAUUGUUACAAGAUGAAGUGUUUCGAUUACCAGCUGCUGAGUGUUUGUUGCAAGUUGUCAAUAGAAAAGGCUCUACAAAGGAGCGUAAGCCAUUAAUGAUAUUAUUUAGUGAAGAUGCAAUCUCAUCAAUCCAUCGUGCAGCGCUCGCUAGCAUCGGAACUGCGGAUGAAAAGCAAUACUUAUUCCUCAAGAAACUGUCACAGGUCUUAGCAGGAUUGGCGCAGCAACUGACGACGCUGUGGUCGAACGCCAGCAACGUGGAGGCGUGGCUGCCGGUGCUGCUGGAGACCACGCUGCUGCUCACCUCGCACCCCUCGCUGACGCUGGCGCACACCGCCAACGCGGUCUGGCUGGCCUUCCUCAAGCACGACCACAUCUCCAAGUUGCCUCUGCUUGUCGCGGUUGUGCCCAGGUGGCUGCAGGCUGCCGCACCUAAGGUUUUAAAAGUAUCGUAUCCGUCUUCCCGUGCCAACGGCGUGUCCGACGAAGUGGCGUACGCAUGUAUGGACUACGACAGCGAACAGGAGUUUGCGAUAUUCUUUAGCCGUUGUCGAACUGAAAUAUUAGAUAGCUUUAGGUAUUGUAUGAUCGCGGCGCCGCUAGUUACGUGGUCGUAUGUGGAGCAAUGGACGCAGGCGGCGCUCGACAAAGUGCAUUCCUGUCCACCUCAUAUCGACAUAACGCACCCGCUGCACCAGGAGUGGGAGGCGCUCUCCCAGGUGCUGGACGUGGUGCUGUCGCGACUGCUGCAGGCGGAGCCUUGUGAUUGCUGUACUGGAUUGAUGUACCCAGGUCCUGGUGUGGGCGAGGCGGGCGCGGAGCUGCUGCCGCGCGUGCUGGAUAAGAUCUUCGCGGCGCUGGUGUACGAGGGUGAGCCGCCCGAGGACCGGCGCUCGCGCAGCGUCAAGAAUGUGCGCCGGCACGCUGCGGGACUGCUCGUUAAACUCGGCUCCAAGGUGCUGGGCGAUUGUAGCUCGCGCUGGGCGGCGCUGGGGCCGCACGUGUCGUCUGCGGAGGCGCUGGCGCGGCUUGUGGGGCUGGACGCGCCGCCCGCAGAGGACGAGGAGCGCGGCCGCGCGCGCAGCACGCUGCUGCACGCGCUCACGCUGCUGCUCGGCGUCGUCAAGCGCACGCACGUGCCCGCCGACCCGGACAAAGCGUCUCGCGGCGGUUUCGGUGCGGGCGUGACGUCAUCGGGCAACCCGAUAUGGCGUAACCCGUGCAGCGCGCACGUGCUGCCACUGCUGCCGCACGCGCUGGCGCUGGCGCGCGCGCUGCACGAACUGCACGAGCCGCGCGCCGCCGCGCUGCGCCACCCCGCGCACCGCCGCGCGCUGCUGCCCCCGCCCGCCGAGCGGCACAACCUGCUCGGCCUGCGCGACGACGCCCCACCCGCGCCCACUGAGCCCCAGGACCGCAUGCAGAACUAUCUGCACACGCUGCACGACAAUGUGUGCCACCUGGUGGGCGCGGCGGCGGCGUCGCUGGGGCGCGAGUUGUACGGCGCGGCGGGGCUGGCGCGCUUCGUGGCGGGCGCGCUGCUGCACGCGCCGGCCUGCCUGCCCGACCACUGGCUGCGGCGCGUGCUGCGCGCGGCGCUGCGCCCGUUGCUGCUGCACUGCCCGCCCGCGCACUACGCCGACGUCGCCGUGCCGCUGCUCGAACACCUCGCCCCCUUCAUGCUGGUACACCUGUCCGCGCGCUGGGAGUACGUGACGUCACUGUACGAGUCGGGCAAGCUGGAGGAGGAGGGCGGCAGCGAGUCGCAGGAGGUGCUCGAGGAUAUGCUCCGGCUGGACGAGAAGCUGGCGGAUAAGCUGGCAGACAAGCUGGCCGCGCACCACACCAAGCCGCCCAAGAUCGAUAAGAGCAAGCGAGACCUCUUCAAGAAGAUCACCGCCAGGUUAAUCGGACGGAAUGUGGGGCAGCUAUUCAAGAAAGAAGUCUUCAUCCUCGAUCUUCCAACAAUGCAAGUGGGCAAGGAGAAGGCGCGUAGUGUCCUCGAUGCCCCGGAAGGCGCGGGCCUAGAGUCCCUGUUCGCGCCGCGCGCGCCCACAUAGCAGCCGCCCCCAUCCCCCCCACCCAUAUCUAUAUGUAAAUUGUUACUCGCAUUCGCUUUGAACGCUUCAAAAAUAGGAAUUAUAUUAUAGUUUAAUUGCCGAAACAUGUCCUUGUCUUUUUCAAGGCAAUUUAAAUGACAUGUGUUUCGGGAACUCACGGGUUAUUACAACCAGAAAUGUGCUUUAUUUUAGCAAAUCUUUACUCUUUGUAUACAGAAGUGUGUUUUUUUUUGUGAGACUGUCUUAGAAGGAAAAUUAUGUUUUAGUAUUUUGAUAAUAAUUUUGCAGGUUAAAUUGCACAUUUCUGGUUAAAAUGUAGCCUAAAUUGUCCAUAUAAUCAUUAACGAAUAAGUUGGCCAUUACUAGUUGAGGAAUAUUCUAGAAACUAUCCAAAUGGCUUGAGAAAAUGAAAACGGAAUUUGUAUGCAUUUGUAACGAUUAGCGGUGACAUAUCUCAAGCCUAGAAUAUAAUUUCGACAGAUUUAUUCUCUGAACUUACCUGUAUUUGAAAUGAGCGAGAUAAUAUAAACAAAAGUUAAUGUGAAAGAGACGGAAUUUGUCUUCCGAAUGUAUCCGAUAUCCGAGUGAGAUGAACUUAUCGAAAUACUAUAAGAGUGAAAGAGAUAAAUAUAUUUCUGAUUCGUCAGUGUUUAACUUCGGAGACAAAGAAUGUUGGCGCGUAUUGUAACAUCACAUUUUACUCAUAGUGAAUGUGUGUUUGAUAUUAUAAAAUGUAUGUUGUGUGUAUUAAUUUGUAUGGGCCGCGGAGUUUGUGGUCGCUUGUAUGUAGAUAAUGAAGUAUGGCCUAGUUCCUUGCAAUUAGUACUAUACCGUAAUAUUUGUACGUCAAAUUUUUGUGAAUAUAUUGAAUAUCGAUUUGAUUGUUUUAUGAUGUAAUGUGUCGUUUGUUGAUGAACGUUUUUUAUACUUACAUGGAAUUCAAAUAAAACAUUAUUGCGUAUAUGUAUUGAGACAGACUUGGGAUGUACGAUUUUAAUACGAUAUUUUAUACGAUACAUUAGGUUUAAAAUUAAUCGAGAAAAUCGAAAAGUAUUUUUUUUUGGUCCUGUAAUUUAUUUUUGUUUGACUUUAUUAAGUAGUGGGACAAUUUGAACCAAUAAUCCCCAAUCAAGACAAUAAACAAAGUUUGAGGUAUAUUUCAUUAAAAAUGCAUUAAAAAUCUGUGUCUGCUAAAACAUGCUAAGCAAAUAAAGUAUUCUUCCUGUUUACGUUUUGGUUAAAAACAUCCUAUGUUAAACGUAUAAAAAAUCAGUAUCUUGUAUACUAUAAAUACUAAUAAUCUAUUUAAGGUUUCUACAAGCCUACGUACGUAUACAUGUGGCGCCCCCCGGCGCCGGCCAUAUACUACUCGCAAUGUUCAUACUACUGUGAAUAACCGUUUAUAUGUUAAUAAAUUAUAUUAUGAAA